AAUAAUGGUGCUAACAUUCCACCUUAUGUUGUAGGCCUUUGGUGUGGGAUGUAAGAUGUAGGAAGGACAUAGUGGUGCUAUAACAGUCCACCUUAUGUUGUAGGCCUUUGGUGUGGGAUGUAAGAUGUAGGAAGGACAUAGUGGUGCUAUAACAGUCCACCUUAUGUUGUAGGCCUUUGGUGUGGGAUGUAAGAUGUAGGAAGGACAUAGUGGUGCUAUAACAGUCCACCUUAUGUUGUAGGCCUUUGGUGUGGGAUGUAAGAUGUAGGAAGGACAUAGUGGUGCUAUAACAGUCCACCUUAUGUUGUAGGCCUUUGGUGUGGGAUGUAAGAUGUAGGAAGGACAUAGUGGUGCUAUAACAGUCCACCCUAUGUUGUAGGCCUUUGGUGUGGGAUGUAAGAUGUAGGAAGGACAUAGUGGUGCUAUAACAGUCCACCCUAUGUUGUAGGCCUUUGGUGUGGGAUGUAAGAUGUAGGAAGGACAUAGUGGUGCUAUAACAGUCCACCUUAUGUUGUAGGCCUUUGGUGUUGGAUGUAAUUGAAGAAGAGGAUGAUGACAUUUACACCACAGACUCCAUGGCUAACUAUGACUUCUCAGCUGCAGGGUGGAGGUAGAUGCCAAGACCCACCACAAACAAACAGGACAUGGCCGUCAAAUGUCAUCUAUAGAGACGAAGGCUCCUGAAGGUUUUAAACUGUCAGCCAGGGCAGCUGCACCAAAGCAGGUGUUCCCUCCCCCUGUGGUACCCAGAGACUUCAAACCCCUGCACAGGUUCUCUGGGUCUGAGAAGGGCGGGGCAGAGCCUGGAGGCAGACAUUCUCUCACAGCCCUGCAGAGGGCACAGGCACUGGGGGAGAAACCACCCCUCGAGCAGAUGUCAGUGUUUGACCUGAUUUCUACUGCUGACAAAGAGGCAAUAAAGACUGCGCAGCUGCACAAACCUGUUACAGCUGCUGCACCUGCACCACCUGCAUCACCUGCACCACCUGCAGUACAUACUGACAGACAGGCAGAACAAGCGACCACCACCACCCCGGGGAACUUCAGACCAUUCCCACGGGACGCUGACAAACAGCAGAGGUACGAUGACUACGUCAGGGCAGCAAAGUCUGGAGCCAAAGACCCCAUGCCUGCGAUGCCAUCAGGAAUGACAGAAUGGGAGAGAGAACGAGAGAGAGAAGAGUUCCUGCAUGCGUACCGGCUGUACCAGCGGGAAAGUGUCUGACAAGGCUCAGGCUGCAGGAAUGAAGAUGUUUGGUGGUCUGACCAGAGACAGGAUGGAAUGGCACCCGGACAAGCUGCUGUGUAGGAGGUUCAACGUGCCAAACCCUUACCCAGAGUCCACCAUUGUUGGGCUAUGCACACUGAAGAGGGAAAAAUACACUUUUGCCAACUUUUUAAACAUGUCAAUGGAGCCCAGCUCUUCAGGACGUGCUACUUCAACUGGAACUAAGGGAACACCAGCAUCCGACCCAGGGUCACAAGAGGUCACAGAGAAGUUGGGUACAGUUGGUGGUGAGGAGGAGAGAGGGGUUCUCAGUUACCUGUGUGAGUCUGAAGAUGCACCAAGUAUAUCACAACAAGAUAGGAUACAAGAAGAUUCUAGUAAAGAACAGGAUAAGGGUCCCGAGAAACCACCGUUAGACUUGUUCAAGGCAAUCUUCCAGUCGUCAUCAGACAGCUCAGGGGGGUCUGAGGAGAGUGAAGAGGGGGAUGAUAUAGAGGAUGCCAGGCGGGGUGGAGGUGAAACCAGAGGGGAUGGAGGUGAAACCAUUGCAGUCAGAGGGGAGACAGCGGAAGAAGACAACAGUCUUGUGACCCCAGCUCAGGAGAAAGACACGCCAGUUUUAACACAGGACAACAGGACUGAUGAACCCUCUGAUAGAGAAAAAGCUGAUGUCGAUCCCAGAAUGUCAGUUGUCAGCAGGUGGGACAGAAGUGAACCACAGGAACAGCUGACAAACACUGCAGAACAAGCACAGUUCUAUGGACCAGCACUACCUCCAACUGUUUCAGGAGGAGUUUCUACGAGUCCUCAAAUCUCACAGACAGGAGACCAUCCUUCCCAUAGACACAAACACAGUCAGAGGGACAAGCACAGGCAUAAACACAAGAAGGACAAAAAGAGUAAAAAGUCAAAACACAAGCACAAGAAGAAGAGCAAGAAGAAGAGAAGAUGGAGGGAUGAAAGGGAGGACAGUGGGAGUGAGAGAGAGAGCAGUGAAGAGAGUGGAGAUGAAGUCAAGAGUGACUUGUUAAAUGACCACCUUCUUCACAGGGUGAGGAGUCUGCGCCAUCACAUCACCCCAGCUGACUUGUAAAGACUGUCCAGCUGUCCUGAGCUGUCCCACUGGUGACUGCACCUGUGCUGUCCCACUGGUGACUGCACCUGUGCUGUCCCACUGAUGACUGCACCUGUACUGUCCCACUGGUGAUUGCACCUGUACUGUCCCACUGGUGAUUACACCUGUACUGUCCCACUGAUGAUUACACCUGUGCUGUCCCACUGAUGACUGCACCUGUACUGUCCCACUGGUGAUUGCUCCUGUGCUGUCCCACUGAUGACUGCACCUGUGCUGCUGAAGUGUACACCUGUCAUUGCCUGAUAAGCUCUCAUUGGUAAAGCCAUGGCAAUUCAAUUUCCUGUUAUGUGAUGUCGUAAAUCUACACUACACUUGAAGACUUAUCUGAUCUGUUGCAUGCCAGCCAUCCAUAACGUUCAGAGUACCAAGUUCUAGUACAUGUAUGUGUUUUUUUCCUUGUACAAAUAACUGAAUAAAUUGAUAUGUAUGCAAAGUUUAUCAUUGUCUUGACUACUUAUUCACCUGUUGGUUGUACAUUUUAAAAGAGUGAGCAGAAUUAAAUUAAAAGUUCAAUGGGCUAUCUUGUGUAAGACAGAAGACAAACCAAGGAAUAAGUUCAGCAAAACGUAGUAACAAGUAAUAACCAAAACAUGCUUGUGUAACGAAUGUGCCCAAAGUAAUCCGUUUAUUUUCAUGGUUUACUGUUCACAGAAGAUAUUACACCAAUAAGUUAUGAUAUUCCAGAAUUUAAUAAAACAGUCACUAAUGAUUUUUAGGACAAAUUUAUAUUAUAUACAUGUACUUCUGCAGCAUCCUUUUAUUUCUUUUACAGGCCCUCUCCAUAAUGACUUAUAGUAUAGAUUUUAUUGGUUUGCAUCAUUUGUCGAACAUACUUACUUUUAUGUAUAUUUUGUAUGCAAAUAUGGGUAAGAUUUAAUAUAUUGUAGAUCUGAAAACAAAGUACACCCUUGUUUUUGUAAUCACAGUAAAUUCAACUAAGCACAUUACAAGCUACAUGUACAUAGUUCAUAAGAUUGCAAUACAUGUACAUCAUGUCAAAUAGUCUGUGUUCUACCACAUUUGUUGUUCUAAAUGGCCUGUAAGACCAUUUUCCAUAUAUCAUCUACCCUACAUAGUACACAUCUUCUGUAGGCUCUGAAUGAUUUUUAAAAAAUCAAUGUUUUGGUCAUUUCUAUGUAUAAUAAGUUCUACCUUGAAGACCAUUUUUACAUUCAAUUUACAUUUCUGUUCAUUCUAGAUUCACAACACUAACACUUAUACUGACUCACUCACCAUCUUUCCCUUUACUUACCAUAGAUAUAUAGAAACAUUCUUAACAAUAGUACACAAGUCUUAAGCCUGGAAGAUGACAUCAUUUUGUCUGCAAGACUGUGAUAUCAUAUUAAUGAUGAAACCAAGUCAGCUGUUAUCAUAAU